AUGUCCCUGUGUCCCCAGGCCCUGGAGCGGGCCGGCCGCCCGGCAUCACCCCCGGAGCCACCGGACUCGGAGGGGGAGGAGAACGUGGGGUGGAGCAGCGUGAACCUGGCUGAGGAGCGGCAGCACCAGGAUUUCUCAGCCUCGUCCACCACGAUCCUGGACGAGGAGCCCAUCGUGAACCGGGGCCUGGCGGCAGCGCUGCUGCUGUGCCAGAACAAAGGGCUGUUGGAGACCACGGUGCAGAAAGUGGCGCGAGUGAAAGCCCCAAACAAAUCCCUGCCCUCGGCCGUGUACUGCAUCGAGGACAAGAUGGCCAUCGAUGACAAGUACAGCCGCCGGGAGGAGUUCCGGGGCUUCACGCAGGAUUUCAAGGAGAAGGACGGCUACCGGCCCGACGUCAAGAUCGAGUACGUGGACGAGACCGGCCGCAAGCUCACCCCCAAAGAGGCCUUCCGGCAGCUCUCCCAUCGCUUCCACGGGAAGGGCUCGGGGAAGAUGAAGACGGAGAGGAGGAUGAAGAAGUUGGAUGAGGAGGCGCUGCUGAAGAAGAUGAGCUCCAGUGACACCCCCCUGGGCACGGUGGCGCUGCUGCAGGAGAAGCAGCGGGCGCAGAAGACGCCGUACAUCGUCCUGAGCGGCUCCGGCAAGAGCAUGAACGCGAACACCAUCACCAAGUGAGGGGCACAGGGACACUUGGGGACAACCUGGGACAUCCCGGGGACACCUUUGGGCCAUUGCUGGACACCCUGGGGACACUUUUGGGACUCCUGGGGACACCGCUGGGGACAUCCCUGGAACUGAGACACCCCUGGGGGACACCCCUGGAGCCCUGGGGACACCGCUGGAACUGGGACACCCCUGGCUGGGGACACCCCUGUCCCCCCUCCCCACCCCUGGGGACAAUAAAGGCCUCUGGGAGUCA